AUGUCAGCGAGAAAGUCAAAAGUGUGGGCAUUUUUCGCCAAAGUCAACGAUAAAAAGGCCCUCUGUAAUAUUUGCAAGGCCGAAGUGGCAAGUUCUGGCGGCACAACUAAUAUGUCAACUCAUCUGAGGAGGCAUCACAAAAUUGAUCCAGCCAUUCAAUCUAACGCAUUGGAGAAAAAGUUACCUUCAGGAAAGGUUUCUGAUACAGUUACUGCAAGUGCAAGCAGCAGCUGCUCAUCCUCAUCAGUAUCAGCGAUUCCAUGGACAAUAUCUCAACAAGCAAAAUUUCCAUUUGCAAAGUCAAAUGAGAUUACAAACUCUGUAGUAUAUUAUCUCAUUCAGGACCUGCGCCCUUUCAGUACCAUCGAAAGCCAACCAUUUAGAAAAAUGUUAUUUGCCUUGGAGCCCAGGUACCAACCUCCAAAUCGGCACACAUUGGCAGAGAAGCUGAUACCUAAUCUGUUGGAGAAAGAGAAAUCAGCACUUCAAAGUGAACUUAAUCAAGCCCUUGCAGUUGGUUUGACAUCGGAUGCAUGGACAUCAAGGUCUGCGGAUUCGUACUUAACCAUCACUUGUCACUACCUUAAAGAUUGGAAUUUGCAGUCAAAAGUCCUGCAAACUGAACAUUUUCAUGGAAGCCACACUGGAGAAAAUGUUGGUCUUGAACUCAAAACAGCUCUAUUAAAGUGGCAUAUUAUGGAUAAGGUUAAAGUUGUCACUGUUGAUAAUGCAUCCAAUAUGACGGCAGCAAUCAGGGUUUCUGGCGUUGAUCUUAAGCUGGGAUGUUUCGCCCAUACAUUAAACCUUGCUUCCAACAAAGCCCUUAAUGUAACAGCUUUAGGAAAGGUUUUAGGCAAAAUAAGGUCUGUGGUUACCUUUUUUCACAAAAGUUGUAUUGGAACAGAAUUUUUAAAGCAGAAGCAGUCUGGUCUUGGCUUACCAAAUCAUAAACUGAUUAUGGAUUGUAAGACUCGGUGGAAUUCCACAUAUAAUAUGCUUCAACGAUUUCUUGAACAACGACCUGCUAUUCUUGCUACAUUGCUGGAUGAACGAUUAAAAAACGUGAGUGCUAAGGCAAACAUUGUUACUAACCUUUCAGACUCUGAAAUCAAUAUUUGUGAAGUUUUUGUAAAGAUCAUGGAGGUUAUGGUUACUGCUACUUUAGCCUUGUCUGAAGAAAAGUCACCAACUGUUGGUCUUAUUCUUCCAUUAUUAGAAAGACUUCGUAAACACUUUACAGUAAAUUCUGAUGAUGAACCAUUCACCAAAUCCCUGAAGGCAGCAGUUGGCACUGAUCUAGCAACAAGAUAUACUGAUCCACAGUUGCUUGUGUUUCUGGAGGAGGCCAGUGCCUUGGAUCCAAGAACCAAGAAUAAGGCUUGUGUAAAUGAUGACACAUGGAACAGAGUUUUAGAAAAAACUAUUUUGUUGACAACAGUUGUGGGUAAACAAGUAACUGUAAAGCAAGAGCCAGGUCUACCUGUAGCUGAUAGUAAUCUACCUCCUUUGCCAGAAUUGCCUUCUGAUGCUACUACAACCUGUGAGGAGGGGCCAAAAAUCAACUCUAUGGAUGAUAAGACAGAGAUACAUAAGAAGACUGCCUUAGAGUGUUUAUUUGAUGAUGAUGUCCAAGUGAUCAAGGAGGAGCCUGCAUUAUCACUUCAACAAAGAGUAUUAAAACAGAUAGAUACUUACAGAAAGGCUAAGCAACUACCUAUGAAUGCUAACCCAUUAGAAUUUUGGAAGGUACACCCUGAAUAUCCUGAUCUUAGCCUUCUUGCUCAGACCUACUUCUGCGUGCAAGCAACAUCUGUUGCCUCUGAGCGUGUUUUUAGCACAAGUGGUGACAUUGUGUCAGCAACAAGGUCAUGCUUGAAACCUGAUCUUGUGGACAGUUUAGUUUUUCUUAAGAAAAAUAUGACCAUGCCAUAG